AUGGCGAACUUGAAGCUCUUCUUUAGGCAGAUUUGGACGUUAACUCUGAAAAAUCUCCUGCUCGUUCUCGUUCGCCCGGUUUUUACAACCGUGCUCAGGGCUCUCGUUUUGCCAGUAAUUUUUACCGCGUUCAUAUCGUAUGCCCGAAACCUAUUUAUUGAACCAGCUACCUAUGGAAUUGGUGAUCCAGCCCCCUUACAGCCUUUGUCAGACACUCUGCAUGCUAUAACUGGUGGACGAGAUAAGCUGGUGUUCGUUCAUAAUGGCCUCCUUGGCGGCCCUAUCGAGAAAGUGAUAGACUCAGUCACAAAUUCCAUACAGUCCAACCAAGAUCAAGUAUACCCGCACUUGUUGUCGUCUGAAAAUGAGCUGCAAGAGUUAUGUCGAACGUCCCUGAGUGGGGUAUCCACUUGUAUAGCAGCUGCGGUGUUUUAUUCUUCCCCAACGGAAGGCCCAUAUGGAAUAUGGAAUUAUUCGAUCAGAACGGAUGCGGCCCUAGGAGCGGGUAUCCAUGUCGAUAGUCAUAAGAAUGACCAGGAAAUCUAUCUUCUUCCCUUUCAACACUCUAUUGACCGGGCCAUAGCUCAGGCCAAUACAUCUACUGAUCAGAAUGCGCUACCUAACGAGAUCAUGGAGUAUCCUUUUACAUCAUUGACUCAGGAGGGGCGUCGCGACGAAAUCCGGGUCAAUUAUAUGGGUGCAGUUAUCAACAUCAUGGCCAUCGCCAUUUUUAUCGGCAUCGUGGGAGUUACCUACCAGCUAACUGGCUUAGUUGCGAUGGAACGUGAACUGGGAAUGAGCCAGCUGAUAGACUGUAUGAUGCCAAAUGAGUCCAGAUGGCAAUCGCAAGCAGCCCGGUUUAUCGCAGCACACCUGGCACUGGACUUUGUAUAUGGCAUAGGGUGGAUUAUCAUGGGCGCCAUCUUGAAAUACGGAAUCUACAGCAGAACAUCCGCAGGGAUUACCAUAGUCUACAACAUCCUGGCGGGGCUCGCUUUGUCGUCCUUUUCCAUCUUUGGAGCAUCUUUCUUCAAGAGGGCACAGCUUAGUGGUAUUUCCGUCGUCAUAGCUUGUUUGCUCCUCGGUGUCAUAGCCCAGAUGGUCCCAGCGAGGACCAAUGGUGCUGUUGUCAUACUUGGUCUUCUAUUCCCGCCAAUGAACUAUGUCUACUUUCACGUAUUCAUGGCUCGAUGGGAAAGGCAAGACUUAGCCACUGAUCUUGUGCAUGCAGCUCCUGAAAAUCCUUGGUCACUUCCCGGAGUCGUCCUCUGGAUACUCCUUAUCAUCCAAAUACUUGUGUAUCCGUUGCUUGCGGCUAUGGUGGAGCGCAUACUUUACAGUACGGCAUCAAAGGGCCGAAAGGCCACAAGCACUAACACCUCGACGACCGCACUCAGAUUACAAGAUUUCACGAAAUCCUACCAACCAGGAUGGUUUUACAGAAAUAUCGCUACACGGUUUGGCAGUACCCGUCAGUCUGUUCUGGCAGUGAAUAGUUUGAGCAUGGAUGUCAAGAAGGGUCAAAUUAUGGUCCUUCUCGGGGCUAACGGAUCAGGAAAGUCUACUACCUUAGAUGCUAUCGCUGGUCUAACGAAAAUCUCCGCUGGGGAGAUUAACAUAGACUAUGGAGCAGAAGGUGGCAGAUUUGGCCUCUGUCCGCAGAAAAAUGUACUCUGGGAUACCCUAACUGUUAAAGAGCAUGUCAAAAUCUUCAACAGGCUCAAGGCGACUGAAAAGGUUGAUACUGAGCACCAACUAUUAGGGCUUUUACAUGAUUGUGACCUUGAUAAGAAAGUCGGUUCCUAUACGAGAACCCUUUCUGGCGGACAAAAGCGAAAGGUUCAGUUAGCAAUGAUGUUCACUGGUGCUUCCUCCGUUUGCUGUGUAGACGAGGUUUCAUCUGGCCUUGAUCCAAUCUCACGAAGGAAAAUAUGGGAUAUUCUUCUGGCUGAGAGAGGCUCCCGCACUAUAUUGCUGACAACACACUUUUUGGAUGAAGCGGACCUUCUGGCCGAUCACAUUGCCAUUCUCUCCAAAGGCGUGCUCAAGGCAGAGGGAUCGAGCGUGGAACUGAAGCAUCGGCUAGGCUCAGGAUAUCGUAUCCAUGUUUUGAACAUGCCGGGGGCAGCAUUGGGCCGUGUGUUCAAUGAUAUCCCCCAAGAAACCCACUUUGAAGAAACUGUGUAUACCGUUCAGACUUCUGCAGAAGCUGCCUCUUUCAUUUCUAGGCUUGAGCAAGAGGGCAUCACGGAAUACCGCGUAAGCGGUCCUACAAUUGAAGACGUUUUUCUGAAGGUGGCUGGAGAGCUGGGCUCCCAAAAAGCUCAGGACACUGUCGUGGAAAAUACCGGGGCUGAAACGCAGCCCUCUGAAAAUCAAGGCAAGGAAGACGUACAUCAAGAAUUGCAGCUCCUCACUGGUCAACGCAUCAGUAUGGCCCUCCAGGCGUGGUAUCUCUUCCGUAAAAGAGCUACCAUCCUUCGCCGGAAUCCCCUUCCGUACGUCGCGGCCUUGCUUAUCCCUGUCAUUGCAGCUGGUUUGGUUACACUCUUUUUAAAAGAUGUUACAUUAGCCGGCUGUAGUGCGGGAAGCACAAUGAGGAUACCAAAGCCUCAAUCCCUACAAUCACUAGACGAUUUUCAAAUCGUACUCGGCCCCUCUAGCAGGGUCUCAAACGCCACUUUGGAGAGCUUUGUUAGCUCAUUAUAUGGCUCUGGACAAGCUAUAACAAGGGCUCCUGAAUCUUAUUUCCAUGUGGUGGACAGCCUUUCUGAAUUCGAAGACUAUAUCAAAUACAACUUUCACAAUGUCACCCCGGGUGGAUUUUACCUUGGAGAUGCAUCAUCCAGCCCUACCCUCGCCUGGAAAGGCGACAAUGGUGAUUUCCCUCUAGCUGCUAUCAUUCAAAACAUCUUCCACCGUCUCCUUAUCGAUAUGCCUAUCGAUCUCCAAUUUCAGUACUUUGGCAUCCCAUUGCAGCCCAACGCCGGUAAAAUUCUCCAGCUUAUUAUCUACUUCGGUCUAGCUAUGUCGGUCUACCCAGCUCUAUUCGCCCUGUAUCCGACUGUGGAGCGACUGAGGAAUGUCAGGGCGCUUCACUUCAGCAACGGUGUCAGGGGCGCGUCCCUUUGGCUCGCAUACGUCGGCUUUGAUUUCAGUAUUGUCAUUAUCUCCAGUGUUCUCGCCAUCAUCAUCUUCAGAGCCGUAUCUGAUAUCUGGUAUAAUCCAGGGUACAUUUUCGUGGUCUUCUUCUUAUAUGGACUUUGCUCCACUUUGCUAUCGUACCUAGUUUCCCUGUUCUCAAGAUCCCAACUUGCAGCCUUUGCAGUCGCGGCCGGCAGUCAGUGCAUCCUGUUCCUCAUAUAUCUCAUCGCCUACAUGUGUAUUCAGACCUAUUCUCCCACGGACAAAGCGGAGUCUUAUAUCGACAUCGCUCAUUUCACGAUCGGUCUAAUCUCACCUUCCGGAAACCUCCUCCGUGCUCUCUUCGUGUCCCUAAAUGUAUUCUCCAUAUUAUGCCGGGGAACUGAAGUUGCCUCCUACCCAGGAGAAAUCACUCUCUAUGGUGGACCCAUUCUCUACCUUAUUGUCCAGUCUUUCGUUCUCUUCGGGUUACUCCUAUGGUUUGAUGGGGGCUCCAUGCUUUCACUAUUACGUUCCAAAUCCAAACCCAACGAUGAGGAAGAGAAAUCCACAUUAGACAAAGACAUCAGCCCUGAGGAGUUACAGCCCACAAAUGCAAGUCCAGACAACGGCCUCCGCGUCCGCCAUCUCACGAAAAAAUUCCACAAAUUCACCGCCGUAGAAGACAUCACCUUCAGCGUCAGCAAAGGAGAAGUAUUCGCCCUUCUGGGUCCCAACGGCGCCGGUAAAACAACCACCAUCUCUCUCAUCCGAGGCGACACCCCACCCUCCCGAAACGGAGGCGACAUCUUCGUCGACAACAUCUCCGUCCUGCGACACCGUGCUUCCGCCCGAUCCCACCUAGGCGUCUGUCCCCAGUUCGACGCAAUGGAUCAAAUGACCGUCCUAGAACACCUCACCUUCUAUGCCCGCAUCCGCGGCGUCCCCGAUGUGCCCCACAACGUCAAUGAGGUCAUCCGAGCCGUCGGUCUAACACCCUUCAAACACCGCAUGGCGCUUACUCUAUCCGGCGGAAACAAACGCAAGCUGUCUCUCGGUAUUGCCCUGAUGGGCAACCCUACUGUUCUACUGCUCGAUGAGCCGUCGUCUGGUAUGGACGCCGCGUCGAAAAGAGUCAUGUGGAAGACGCUCGCUGCUGUUGCUUCUGGACGUUCGAUUGUCCUCACCACUCACUCUAUGGAGGAGGCCGAUGCCCUCGCUCAUCGGGCGGGUAUCAUGGCGAAACGCAUGUUGGCUCUUGGUACCACGAAUUCCCUCCGCUCGAACUACGGGAAUAGAUACCACGUUCAUUUGGUACAUCGCCUGGCUCCACAUACGAGUGAGGAGGACAUGCAACGGAUCCGCACGUGGGUUGGUCAGAACCUCCUCGGUGCUGUUAUUGAAGAGAAGACGUAUCAUGGUCAACUACGUUUUACGGUGCCUGCUACUGGGUCGGGCUCGACAGAGUCCGAUGAUUAUGACGGUGAUACCAUGCCGCCAUCUGAAGUCGAUAUGGACACCAUCAAGGGAGGAAGGAACACCGGCAAUAAUAGCAUCGUCAAGCUCUUUUCGUAUCUUGAGGAGAGUAAGGAGGAACUCGGGGUACAGUUUUAUUCUGUUAGUCAGACGACGCUAGAUCAGGUGUUUUUGACUAUUGUUGGGCAGCAUAAUAUUGCGGAGGAGGGUUCUGGGCAAAUAUCCUCGUCGAAGGAAUAG